GAUAUGAAUGCUUUAAAACUUUUAGUGUUCGUAGUUCUUCUACUUCUAAGCAAUAAGGUGAUAUGAACAGAAGAGAGUAGAGACAUCGAUGAAGAUAACAGCUGUCUGGAACGCAUGAGGAAAGUCUUUGCUCCUGAGGGGUUCAAAGAUCUUACUCAAAUGUUUUUAAAUACGGGCAAAGGACCUAAUCAGCUUGGAAAUUAUGAUGCAUGUGAUGCAGAUGGGCUUGAUUAUGUCGUAUUGAUUUUUGAGACUGUUUAUUAUGAGAAUCCAAUUUUGAGAUUGGGGAUUUGCUCUCCAAAGGAAUGAAACUCGGAAGAACACUUUGAAAGCUUAUCUCAAUUUCUUUUGGAUAAAGUUAAACCAUUUAUUCCAUACAAUCGUGUAAAUACGAGAUUUGUUAUUCCAAGAGAGGAGGCUGCAAAGCCGAUGGCAACUGGAGGUAUCAUUUUUUGAGCGGUAACUGGAGUCAUCAUAUUAUUCUGGUUCAUUGGAAUGCUAAUCUCUUAUACAAAUAUUGGAGAUAAUUCUAACAUCAGAUCACGAAAGGUUGAAGAAAGGAAAACUAAAUGGGCAUUAGCUUUCCAUUCUUUCAAUCCAAUCAUAAACCUUCAAAAGUUAUUCACAAUCAGCUCAGGAGGAGAUAAAUCUUUGAGUGUUUUAAACGGAGUCAGAGUCAUGAGCAUAAUCUGGGUUAUCCUUGGGCACUCAUUCUCAUUUUUAGGGAUGGCUGCUACUACAAACGAUCAAUCUGCAAGCGCACUCUAUGAUAGUGAUUUAUUCUCAAUUGUUCCCGGAGGGUACUAUGCUGUCGACACCUUUUUCUUCUUAUCAGGAUUUCUCACGUUCGCACUACUUAUUUACAAAAUAUAUCCAAAAAGAGGAAUUGGUAUAUAUGAUACUUUUCUGGUCUAUUUUCAUAGAUAUUACAGGUUGAUAUUCCCUUUGGUGUUUGUCCAAUUUCUAGUCAUGUACGUGAUGGAGCAUCUCGGUUCAGGCCCUCUUUACAAAGUAUCCUGGGGUUGGAGAACAAAGUUAUGCUUCCAAAAUCCUUGGUCUAACUUCUUGUUCAUUGCGAACUUCUAUCCUUGGAAAAUGGCAGACUCAUGCCUUGGCUGGCUUUGGUAUCUUAUGUGAGACAUGCAGUUCUUUAUAAUGAGUCCUCCUCUGAUAAUUCUUUAUUGCAAGAACAGAAGAAUAGGAAAAUUAUUGGUUGUAUCUUUGAUAACGAUUUCAAUGCUGAUUAAUGGAAUUCUUACCCUAGUCUGGGAUUUGUCGAUGGACUGGAAAUCUUCGAAGAAGACUAAUGUUGGGGAUCUUAUGUAUAAUAAGCCUUGGAGUCGAAUGGGAGCUUACUUCGUUGGAGCUAUGUUUGGUAUUUCAUAUUUUGAACUGUCUUGAAGAGAAAAAUACCAAGAGCUUUCAAGAUCUUUCUCAAAUAAGUGUUACUUAGUUCUUAAAAACUCUAGAGUAAUUUCUCUAGUUGUAUGUUGCUUUGGAAUUGGACUGACAUCUUUGUACGUAUUUCCAUUAGCUGCUUACACAAGAUAUUGCAGAGACUUGGAAGAAACUAAUUGCUGGCCAUUGUCACUCUCAUUCUUUCAUAAUCUAACAUCAAGGCCAUUUUUCGUAGCUGGAGUAGGUUUGAUCAUUGCUCCUACAUUUGUAGGAAGAUUGAGAGUGAUUAGAGGGUUCCUCGGAGCAGAAUCAUUUGCAAUACUUGCCAGACUUAACUAUGUUGUCUACCUAAUCCAAUCUGUUGUUCUUGCUCAACUAGUUAAUAACGUAAGAGCAAGUAUCUACGUGGAUACAAUAAGCCAAAUAUUCUUCACCAUCGGAGCCAUUGCAGUAUCAUUCAUAGUAGCUAUCCCUCUCACUCUAAUCUGCGAAGUCCCUUUCAUGAACCUUGAAAAGUACAUUCUCUUCCCUAAAAAACCCUCCAAAAACCCUUCUUCCAACCUUGAACUCCCAUGCUCCCAUCCAACUCCCCCCAACACUGACACAACAGCCGAUUCCAAAACUCUGCUACUCUCCAAAACUUCUUAA